AUGGCCCCCCAGAUGCGCGGCAUCCUCGAUGCCAAGGGCCGUGGGCGCAAAGGCCGGGCGGCAAUCGACUUCUCCAAUCCUCGCGUCGUCGUAGCCUGCGUCCUGAUCGGCGGCCUCGCGCUGGCCUUCUACGUCGCGGUGGAGUUCAUCCGGCACGCGCACAUCCACAUCCACCCGCUGGCGUUCCUCGCCCUGCCGCCCCUCACCGCGGGCUCCAUCGGGCUCCUCCUGCCGCUCUUCAUGUACGUUGCCAGCGCCGACGACUUCCGCGACCUCAACCCCCUCUUCCCCACGCACUACGCCUACCUCUUCAAGAAGACGUACCGCGCGCUCCUCAGCAACGAGCGCCUGCGCGCCGAGGGCAAGGACCUCUAG